GCAACCAACAUGGCCGCUCCCAUACAACGUUUCGCCGGUGAGGGCAUUCUCACUUCCGCUUCCGGUAUCAACACUGCGACACAGGCGAUGCCGAUGAUGAACAAUGCCAGCAUUGCAGUUCCUCCUAUCAUCCCACCUGCAGACUUGUUUUUACCAUACGUCGACCAGCAAAUACUCAAUCAACUAGCAAACCGGGAUAUUGCGGUUUCAACGACUGGCACCUCAGGCAGACAGGGUCCCAACCAAAACUCCGGACCUGUGCACCCUCUUAACGGCUCCGAUGUGCGACGUAGUCCCGUCAACCUCACACAACAAGCCUGCCACUACAUCAACCUGAGCAUUGCACCAGGUACACGACGGACAUAUCAUGCGGGACAAACUCGCUAUCUUCUCUUCUGUCGCAUGUAUGGAAUGAAUCCUUAUCCACUAACGCAACGCUCAACGAUUCUGUUUAUGACACAUCUCGCAACAUCGUCACUUACCUAUGGCACGCUAAAAGUUUACCUCGCAGCUAUCAUCCGUGCACACAUCGAAGCUGGCUUCACCUCAUCAAUACGCGACGACCUCCUGCUUCACUUCACUAUGCAAGGCAUUAAAAGACAUCACGGCGUGCCAAAUCGUGUAAAACUCCCAAUCACCAUUGCACUAAUGCGAAUGCUUCAGAACACCGUCGCAAACCAUCCCACUAUUUGCAACCAUGACAAAGCUAUGCUGUGGUCUGCCUUUACACUGGCGUUCUUCGGCUUCUUGAGAGUCAGCGAAUUUGUCGCACCCACGUCAAUGACCUUCGAUCCACAACGCACUUUACUGACGGCAGACAUCACGUGCAACACAGACCUCGUCAUUGCGCUCAAGGCGUCUAAGACAGACCCAUUCCGCCGGGGAUGUAACAUCAUCAUCGCACCCUCACAGUCAUCGGUCUGCGCUGUGCAGGCAUACCAGGCGUACAAAGCACUACAUAGUUCCGUCGCUCACCUACCCGCAUUCCAGUUCGCCAACAGUAAUUUCCUCACGCGGCAAGCUGUUAGCAACCACAUUCGAGACCUUCUCACUCGCGCAUCUGUACCAGAUGUUAACCGUUACACUACUCACAGUUUCCGCAGUGGUGCAGCCACGACAGCUGCCGACGCAAAUCUUCCGGACUGGUUGAUCAAGGCACUGGGCAGGUGGCGCAGCGACGCCUACCAAACGUACAUUCGCACACCCCCCAGCAUCAUCCGCUCAGUUCCGGGUCACUUGUCACUUGCUCUUCCUUAA